GCCACCAAACAUAAAACUCAAAACUCUCACAUUUUCUCUUCUGCCAUGGAGCACUGGAUCCGAGGACCGACGGUCGGCCGCGGCUCCACUGCCACAGUCUCCCUCGCCACCAGCACCAUCUCUGGCGAACAAUUCGCGGUGAAGUCUACCGAGCUCUCCAGCUCGUCCUUUUUGCAGAAGGAGCAAUGUUUUUUGUCCAAGCUAAGUUGCCCCCAUAUAGUUAAGUACUUGGGCUGCAAUAUUAGCAUUGAAAACAACAAGCAUAUGUACAAUCUCUGCAUGGAGUACGUAACCGGCGGCACGCUUUUCGACGCAAUUCGGAGGCUGGGAGGGCCGCUAGAGGAGGCCAUGAUCCAACUGUACACACAUCAAAUUGUGCAAGGAUUGGAGUAUUUGCAUGAGAAUAAGUUGGUACAUUGUGACAUCAAGAGCCAAAACAUUUUGGUGACCGAAGAGAGCGCCAAAAUUGCCGAUUUGGGUUGUGCUAAAUUGGUACAAGGAGUUGCAGAGGACGAAGACUCUGUCGAGGCACGUGCUACUAUUUCGGGUACGCCGGUGUUUAUGGCGCCGGAGGUUGCUCGCGGUGAAGAGCAGGGGUUUGAGGCUGACAUAUGGGCUCUAGGGUGCACAAUUAUAGAAAUGGCAACUGGUGGCGGGCCUUGGCCGGAGAUAAAUGAUCCGGUUUCAGCUCUCUACCGGAUUGGAUUCUCCGGUGACUUACCGGAGAUUCCAAGCCGACUUUCGAGCAAGGGUAAGGAUUUCUUGAUCAAGUGUUUGAUGAAAGAUCCAAGAGAGAGGUGGACAGCUAAGCAGCUUCUUGAGCAUCCAUUUCUGGAAGAGCAUUUGGGGUCUAAGUUCAAUACCGAGCAAGUAAUGGGGUCUCCAAUUAGUGUGUUAGAUCAAGGCCUUUGGGAUUCAUUUGAAGGAUCUGAAAGUCCAACGGGAUUGCAAUCUGUUGAGGUUGAAGGUGUUUGUUUGAAUUCUCCAACAGAAAGGAUCAAGAAACUGAUUGGAUUUUCGACAUUUUCAAAUGCACCCAAUUGGGAAUUUGAUGAAAGUUGGUCAACUGUUAGAAGCAAUGGCGACGAAGAAAUCAAAAACUUGGUUGUUGCAAACAACAAUGUCGUCUCAGACGGUGAAGUUUUUGCUGCAACUUCUUCAACUGUGGCUUCAAUUUUUCUUGAAGAGAUUGAGAGUUUAAACUCUGAUGAGGAUUUAGAUUUUGAAUUUAUGAUUAGUAAUAGUGUGAUAGAAGAUUCUUUUGUAUCAAACAAUCUUGAAAUUGGAUCAGAUAAUCAUAAUUUUGAUUUUAUUCACUCCCAUUGUUAUCAUUCGUGUCUUAAUUUUGCCUGCCAAAGUAGGCAUUAGUGGAGUUUCUUUUCUA